AUGAGAAUGGUGCAAGGGCGAGGGACGGGAACGGAAACGUUGCUGAGCGCCCUACUCGUAAGUGGUGGCGGCCUCCUGAUGCAAACUGGGCCUGCGCAGCGUCAGGCCGUAUUGCAGCUUGCAUCUCGAUUCCAGCACAUUGUCAGCAUGUCUGCCCUCAGACUGGAGAUGCUGUCGGCGGCUGAGGGCCCCGUGGCCAAGGUCUCACACGCCCUGCAGAGCUAUGGCAAACAGGGCUCUUCCAGCUCUCUUCUCGUCCAGAGUGUCUCCCUGCUGUGGGGCCCCCUGGCUCUGGGUUCUUCCCCUGCUCAGACACUCCCCGGCACUGCUGGGAGCGCCAAUCGGAGCCUGCCCGCCUUCCGCCCCUCCAGCAGCAAGCCAUGCUUGCAGGAAGCCCAGCCUAUUACAGAACGGGCGUCAUACUGGAGGGGGGGAGGCGAUUGGGACAGGGAUCAGGAGCCCUGGCAAAAGGCGAGGCCUCCAGGAAGCGUGAAAAUAGCCAUCAAUCCAGCGGUGCAAACCGGUGCCCAUACCGAGUUUGGGAGGGUUAUACCUGGAGCAACAUACGAGUCGCCCGAGAACUUGAAGCUCUGGGCUUCCUUGCAGCGAACUGAUGCUAGCUCGAAGCUCCUUGAGGAGGAAUUUGUGGAGGAACAGGCGCACAGAGCGCGCAACUCGCCGCAGAUUGCUCGUCAACGUGAGCAGUCCGCUGAAAGUCGCCCCAUGCAUGGACCUCCAAACGUACCUUUGAGCCCCAUUCCUGAGGCAAACAAGGAGGUCUCAAGCAGCGCAGUGCAGGGCCCCCCUCAAGGGGCCACUUUGGUUGAAGCUUGGGGUGGGGAAGCGGAGACUCAUUUGGAGCCAAAGCGAAGCGCCGUUUGCGACGAAGGGAAGAAGAGACCGCCGUUUAAGCCAAGAAAGCCACGGCGCAGUAAAACUCUGGCCACGGAGGUAGAGGGUGCAGGUGUCGAGUCUGCUGUCAAAGUGGAAGCGAAAGGUUUGGAAGCAGAGAGUCCUGGGGACGCUGCCCUGACCAAUGGAGCUAGGGUAAAAGCAGGGGCUGCGAAGGCUGUUUCUCCCGUAUCACCUAAAGUCCCAGCGGCCAGGGAUCCAAAGGUGCAGGAUGCUGUCUUGGCACAGGACGGGCCAGGUGAACCGAUCGCCCCGGAGACCAGCACUGCAAAUGGAGAGCUUGGAGGCAAAGACAGGGGCAUUGUCAAAGAGAAGCCCAAAGUGAACCGGCCUAAAGGGUUGCGGUUUGCUGAGGAGGAAAAGAAUGGAGAGACGAAGGCCUUGGGGUCUGCAAGCGGGGCUGGCGCCACCGUGUCGCAGAAGCGGCCGACAAGGAGUUGGCGGGCGACGUCCACGCCAGAGGCGACGGUUGAGAUUGCGGAGGGGGAAGCGGCGGAGGCUUUGACACCAGGAGACGGUCUCGGGGCCGCAACGAGAACUAGAGGGGUGGGUAGGAAGACGGCCAGGGUUUCGAAGCCAGCCGAGGAGGCUGUUAAGCCGGUUGUGGGAGCAGUGUCAAGUGGGCAGAUGCCGGCUGCGGGGCGGAUCCAGGAGGGCAGACUGCAGCCAGAGGAAGGAGAAAGGGUCGACAGCACUAGGCUGUUGGGACAGCAGGGGGUUCCUGGGCUGCCGGUGGGCGAGGUGCUGACCGCAGAGGGGGGUCUGGAGGUCCAAUUGCAGUUUGUUGGAGUACUCGGAAAUGGCACCGGCGCUCUCCACCCCCCUGAGCGUGCUUCAGAUGCCGGGUUCGCGGUGGCGGACGUUCCUCUAGGGGUAAAUUCUCAGCCAAUCGAAGCAGCGGCGGACCUUCACACUCUCGGAGGUGGUCUCAGUGCACAGCCACGGACUCCCGGAAACGGGUCCUCUGCGCCGUUUGCGCAGACCCUGACCCCGGCGCAAAGCAUGUCGCCUCUCCUGCGGAGCAGCACGGUCUUCGGCGAACGACUCUCCAAGACGGGGUCCGAGAAGACGGGGUCAGGACCGCGGAGAGCCCCCGCAAUGCGCAAGCCGCGCGCGAAGGCUGCCCUGAAGUCGGAGCCAGACGCUCCGCCUCCGGAACCGCUUCCCGUCCCGACGGAAGCCGAAGCCAAAGCGGCGGUCGCCGCGGCGCUCGCGGCGCGGGACGAGGCGGUCCUUCUGGUGAGCGACCUCGCCGAGGCGGAGCGGGUUGCUGAGCUGGCGCUGACGUCACACCGCGCGCGCGUGUUUGCGUGCGACACGGAGGUGAUGGAGAUUGACGUCAAGAAGGAGAGCCCCGUGGGUCAUGGCAUGAUGACGUGCUUCACGUUCUAUGCGGGGCCGGACGUCGACUGGGGGGCCGGGAAUAGUUGCGUGUUCGUGGACCUGCUGGGGGGGGGACAGGAGCUGCUGGCGCCGUUCAAGAGCUUCUUUGAAGAUCCGACCAUCAAGAAGGUGUGGCACAACUACAGCUUCGACCGCCACAUCCUCCACAACCACGGCGUCGACGCGCGGGGCCUCCACGCGGACACCAUGCACAUGGCGCGCCUCUACGAUUCCGCCCGCGAUAAAAAGGCCGGCGCGGGCUACUCACUCGAGUCGCUAACAGCGGACCGCGAGAUAAUGGGCGAAAAGACGAACGCCAAGAUCGGCAUGGCGACGCUGUUCGGAAGGCCAAACAUCAAGAAGGAUGGGGCGGAGGGGAAAUUGAAGGUGCUGCCGCCGAUUGAGGAGCUGCAGACGGCGCCGGAGACGCGGGAGGCGUUCGUGCAGUAUGCAGCGUACGAUGCCACGGCCACGUGGCAGCUUUGGGCGGCUCUCAAGGCGAAGCUGGAGGCCACUGCCUGGCGAGGCGUGGGUGACGACAUGCGCGGGACGCUUUGGGACUGCUACGAGCGCUACUACCAGCCGUUUGGGGAACUGCUGACGGAUAUGGAGCGGAACGGCAUGCUCGUUGACACUGAUCACCUUGCGAAGAUGGAGAAGUUGGCCCUGACGGAGCAGGCGCGCGCGGUAGAGCGAUUUCGGCGGUGGGCCGCCAAGCGGUGCCCCGACGCGGUGCUCAUGAACGUUGGAAGCGACAUUCAGAUUCGCCAGCUCCUUUUUGGGGGCAUUCAAAACAGCAAGCCGGACAGCAAGGAGUCGCUUCCGAUGUCCAAGGUCUUCAAGGUACCCAACACGGACGGCUACAUUGAGCCCGGCCGCGAGGGCAAGCCCCCCAAGAAGCAGCGUGACAUCACGCUCACCGGUCUGGGGGUCGACUUACCAGUGGAGGUUUGGACCCCCUCCGGGUGGCCAGCUGUCAGCGGACCGGUGCUCAAGGCGCUCGCGGGCAAGGUGGCCAUUGACUGGGCGACACCCGAAGUGGACGAGGACGACGAGGGGAGCUUCGAGCCGACGGAUAGCGAUAACGAGGACGCUCCAAAGGACGACGUCUCCAAGUACGGCACCGCAUACGCCGCCUUCGGAGGGGGCGUUCAAGGCAAGGCAGCGUGCCACGCAAUCGCGGCGCUGAUCGAAGUUUCCGCGAUUAGCACGCUGCUGUCGGGGUUCAUUCAGCCGCUCCAAGGAGACCAGAUGCUGGGUCCGGACAAGCGGGUGCACUGCUCGCUCAACAUCAACACCGAGACGGGCCGGCUCAGCGCCAGGAAGCCCAACCUGCAGAACCAGCCCGCCCUCGAGAAAGACCGCUACAAGAUUCGACAGGCCUUUGUGGCAUCCCCAGGCAACACGCUCAUCGUGGCUGAUUAUGGUCAGUUGGAGCUACGCCUGCUCGCCCACCUGGCCGACUGCCAGAGCAUGAAAGACGCUUUCGAGGCGGGUGGCGACUUCCACUCGCGCACAGCCGUCAACAUGUACGCGCACGUCCGGGAAGCCGUAGAGCGCGGCGAGGUCCUCCUCGAGUGGGACUCAAAAGACGGCACCGUUCCCGCGCCCGCGCCGAUGCUCAAGGACGUCUUCGGGGCGGAGCGCCGCAAGGCCAAGAUGCUCAACUUCUCCAUCGCGUAUGGGAAAACGGCGGCGGGGCUGAGCAAGGACUGGAAGGUGACGUUGGAGGAGGCGCAGGAGACGGUGAAGCUGUGGUACGCGGCGCGGCAGGAGGUGAAGCGGUGGCAGAAGGCGCGCAUCGAGGAGGCCAAGAAGACGGGGUACGUCCCGACGCUGCUCGGGCGGCGGCGGCGCUUGCCCGACAUCAACAGCAGGAACCGGCUGCUGGAGAGCCACAUGGAGCGGGCAGCCAUCAACACCCCCGUGCAGGGGAGCGCUGCUGACGUGGCGAUGCUGGCCAUGCUGGAGCUGUCCCGCGACGCCCGGCUGGCGGAACUAGGGUGGCGGCUUUUGCUGCAAGUGCACGACGAGAUGAUCCUGGAAGGGCCGGAGGAGAGCGCGGACGAGGCCUUGAGCCGUGUGGUUCAUGCCAUGGCGCAUCCAUUCGAUGGCGAGAACAUUCUGAAAGUGGCGUUGGCGGUCGAUGCGAAGCACGCCAAGAAUUGGUACGCAGCGAAGUAG